AUGUCUGGACGCGGCAAACAAGGAGGGAAGGUUCGGGCUAAGGCAAAGACCCGCUCAUCCCGGGCAGGACUCCAGUUCCCCGUCGGUCGUGUUCACAGGCUUCUCCGCAAAGGGAACUACGCCGAGAGGGUGGGCGCCGGUGCUCCGGUCUACCUGGCCGCUGUGCUGGAGUAUUUAACUGCUGAGAUCCUGGAAUUGGCCGGUAAUGCCGCCCGGGACAACAAGAAGACCCGCAUCAUCCCCCGUCACCUGCAGCUGGCCGUGCGCAAUGACGAGGAGCUGAACAAGCUGCUGGGUGGGGUGACCAUCGCCCAGGGAGGCGUCCUGCCCAAUAUCCAGGCCGUGCUGCUGCCCAAGAAGACCGAGAGCAGCAAAGCGGCCAAGAGCAAGUGA